GAUCUGUACCUGUAUCGAGAUGCUCUGAGGAAUAGCAACAACGCUUAGGAAUGUCUAGUGUUACAAAAUGAUGAAAACUAAUUCUAGCAUCUUCCAUUUUGCCAUAAUCAUCAUGUUAAUAUUUGAGAUCAGAAUCCAGUUGUCAGAUGAAAGUGAAUUUCUAGUUAACAGAUCAAACACAGGUCUCUUUCAUGUUCCCAAAGACCUAUCCUUGAAAACAACAAUCUUAGAUAUAUCACAAAACUAUAUAUCUGAGCUUCAGACUUCUGACAUCCUAUCAUUAUCAAAGCUGAGGAUUUUGAUAGUUUCUCAUAAUAGAAUUCAAUAUCUUGAUAUCAGUGUUUUCAAAUUCAACCGGGAAUUGGAAUACUUGGAUUUGUCCCACAAUGAGUUGGGGAAGAUUUCUUGCCAUCCUACUGUGAACCUCAAGCACUUAGACCUCUCGUUUAAUGCAUUUGAUGAUCUGCCCAUAUGCAAAGAGUUUGGCAACAUGUCUCACCUGGAAUUUCUGGGAUUAAGUGCCACACAGUUACAAAAAUCUAGCGUGUUUCCAAUUGCUCCUUUGCAUAUAAGUAAGGUGUUACUGGUCUUAGGAGAUGCUUACGGGGAAAAAGAAGAUGCUGAGAGCCUUCGAAACCUUAACACAGAAAGUCUACACAUUGUUUUCCCCAGAAGAAAGGAAUUCAGGUUUACUUUGGAUGUAUCAGUCAGCACAGCAGUGCGUCUGGAACUAUCUAAUAUCAAAUGUGUGCUAGAUGAUAAUGGAUGUUCUUAUUUCCAAAAUGUUCUGUUAAAACUUCAAAAGAAUUCAAGGUUAUCAACUCUUACCUUAAACAACAUUGAAACAACUUGGAAUUUUUUCAUUACGAUCCUCCAGUUGGUUUGGCAUACAAGCAUAGAGUAUUUCUCAAUUUCAAAUGUAAAACUACAAGAUUACCUUACCUUAGGAUAUUUUGAUUAUUCCAACACUUCACUGAAGGCCUUAUCGAUACACCAUGUUGUCAGUAAUGUGUUCACUUUGCCACAAAGUUAUAUCUAUGGACUCUUGUCAAAUAUGAACAUCCAAAAUUUCACAGUGUCUGGUACACACAUGAUCCACAUGGUUUGCCCAUCCCAAAUUAGCCCAUUUCUGUAUUUGGAUUUUUCUAAUAAUCUCUUAACAGACACGAUUUUUAAAAAUUGUGGAAGCUUGGCUAAACUGGAGACACUUAAUUUACAAAUGAAUCAAUUAAAAGAACUUGCAAGUAUAGUUAAUAUGACCAAGGAAAUGAAAUCUCUACAACAAUUGGAUAUUAGCCAGAAUUCUCUAAGGUAUGAUGAAAAUGAAGGAAAUUGUGCUUGGACUAAAAGUUUAUUAAGUUUAAAUAUGUCUUCAAACAUACUUGCUGACUCUGUUUUCAGAUGUUUACCUCCCAAGGUCAAGGUACUUGAUCUUCACAAUAACAGAAUAAGGAGCAUUCCUAAAUCAAUCAUGAAACUAGAAGCUUUACAAGAACUCAAUGUUGCUUCCAAUUCUUUAGCCCACCUUCCUGACUGUGAUACUUUUAGCAGCCUUUCUGUACUGAUUAUUGACUCUAAUUCAAUUUCCAGCCCAUCGGCUGAUUUCUUCCAGAGCUGCCAGAAGAUUAGGUCCAUAAGAGCAGGGAACAAUCCAUUCCAAUGUACAUGUGAGCUAAGAGAAUUUGUCCAAAGUCUAGGCCAAGUAUCAAGUGAAGUGGUAGAGGGUUGGCCUGAUUCUUAUAACUGUGACUAUCCAGAAAACUAUAAGGGAACCCCACUGAAGGACUUUCACAUACCUCAGUUAUCCUGCAACACAACUCUGCUGCUUGUUACCAUUGGGGUCACUGUGCUGGUGUUGACUGUUACUGUGACUGCCCUCUGUAUCUACUUUGAUCUGCCCUGGUAUCUCAGGAUGGUGUGUCAGUGGACCCAGACCCGGCACAGGGCAAGGAACGUACCUUUAGAAGAACUCCAAAGAACCCUCCAGUUCCAUGCUUUUAUUUCAUAUAGUGGGCAUGAUUCUGCCUGGGUGAAGAAUGAGUUACUACCAAACCUAGAAAAAGAAGAUAUAAGGAUUUGUCUCCAUGAGAGAAACUUUGUUCCUGGCAAGAGCAUUGUGGAAAAUAUCAUAAACUGCAUUGAGAGAAGUUACAAGUCCAUCUUUGUUUUGUCUCCCAACUUUGUCCAGAGUGAGUGGUGCCAUUAUGAACUCUACUUUGCCCACCACAAUCUCUUUCAUGAAGCUUUUGAUAACUUAAUCUUGAUCUUACUGGAACCUAUUCCACAGUAUUCCAUUCCUAGCAGCUAUCACAAGCUCAAAAAUCUUAUGGCACAAAGGACUUACUUGGAAUGGCCCAAGGAGAAGAGCAAACGUGGACUUUUUUGGGCUAACCUAAGAGCAUCUAUUAAUAUUAAAUUGAUGGAGCAAGCAAAAAAAAUAGAUCACACAUAGAUCUAGAACAAUUCCUUUGCUGCUUUUGGAAAAAUGUUGCUGCUUUUGGAGAUUCCAACAGUGAUUAUUUUGCAUCAACACAAAUCUAAAUGCCAUUUUGAAUAUAUGAUGUAGAUAAAAAUGUGUACUUUCAGGCUCUCCAGUUCACCAUUUAUAUAUGGUAAUAAAAAUUAAUACAAUGAUAUAA